GUAGUAGACUGCGCGACGCUUGGACUUAACCAUUUGCUCCACUGUUGCGGCAUUGACAAAGAUAGCUACAGAAGCGACUAAGGAUCGCGAACAUGUCGUUCAAGAAAGGCGCUUUGUAUCCGUGCAACCCCGCCACUGCGCGCGGCGAGUCGACCAAGCUUAGCUCCAACGGUGACAAGGUCGUAUACGCGAACGGACGGACAGUUGUGAUUCGCGACUUGAAGACUCCGUCGACUGCGAUUACCUACGCAGGGCACGUACAACCCACCACAGUCGCUCGCAUCUCGCCCUCCGGAUACUACUGUGCGUCGGCAGAUAUCACGGGCACAGUACGUAUCUGGGACACAGUCGGUGAGGACCAGAGUUUGAAGGGGGAGUACAAGGUUCUUUCGGGUGCUGUGAAGGACCUCGAAUGGGACGGCGAGAGCAAGCGGAUCAUUGCAGUAGGGGACGGGCGAGACAAGUUCGGCCAUGCCUUCAUGUUUGACACGGGCUCGUCUACGGGAGAGAUUAUUGGACACUCGAAGGUUGUCAAUGCAGUGGCAAUCCGACACCAACGUCCCUUCCGCGCUGCGACAGCUUCAGAUGACACAACGAUCGUCUUCCACCAGGGUGCUCCUUACAAGUACGAGAAGAGCAUCAAGACGCACACAAAGUUCAUCCAAGACGUGCGCUACGCACCAACUGGCGAUCACUUCGCUAGCGUAGGCUCAGACUCUAAGGUCUUUGUCUAUGACGGGAAGACCGGUGAGACCCUCGGCGAGAUCACAGACAGUCCGCACACAGGCAGCAUUAUGGCUUGCAGUUGGAGCCCAGAUAGCAAGUCACUCGCGACAUCUUCCGCAGACCGCACUGUGAAGCUGUGGGACGUAGAAGCUCGAAAAGCUGUGACAACCUGGACCGUCGGCUCGGGCGUUGCUUUCCAACAAGUCGGCAACACCUGGACGGGCGGGGACGCUAUUGUUUCUCUUUCGAUGUCUGGCGAUCUCAACGUGUUCGACAAGCGUGUCGGCGACAAGCCCGCUAGCGUCCUCUAUGGCCCGCAGAAGUCGGUCACCGCUGCGGUCACACUGCCGUCCUCGAGCACCUUCCUCGCAGGCACCGCGGACGGAAAGAUCCUCUCUUUCUCCGACAACUCCUACGCGCACCUCAGUGGCGACGGCCACGCCGCGCUCGUCUCAGGCCUCGCCUCGGCGGCGGAUGGGAAGGCCUACUCCGUCGGCUACGACGACAAAGUCAAGGAGAUCGAGGGCGGAUCGAGCUUCGUCCCAGCAUCGUGCCCAACAUCUGCGCAGCCCAAGUCGGUGGCAGUUGCCGCCGACUCGACCGUGUUCGUCGCGGAGGCGAACGGCGUAGAGGCGAUCCGGUCUAACCAGAAGGUCUUCGAGCUCAAGCCGAAGUUCACGCCGAGCGCGGUGGCUGCGUCGGGGUCCGUGGUUGCUGUCGGCGGCGAGGACAUGAAAGUGCGCCUGUUUGACUGGGACGGAAAGAGCCUCACGGAGGCUGCGACGUUGGAAGGCAACAAGGGCGUCGUCAGCGCAAUUGCGUUCAGUCCGGAUGGGUCACUGUUGACUACAGGCGACUCAACCGGCAAGAUCGUACUCUUCGACGUGAAGGAACGCAAGGCGGUCACCUCCCGCUGGUCCUUCCACACGGGGCGGAUCAACUCCCUCUCCUGGACCGCCGACGGGAAGCACUGCGCGUCGGGCUCGCUGGACACGCAUGUGUACGUAUGGAGCGUGGAGAAGCCGAUGCGCAACAUCGCGGUCAAGAACGCUGGCCCUGGGGGCAUCAGUGCGGUAUUCUGGACCGGUGCGAAGACCCUGGCGAGCGCGGGCGCAGAUGGUGUGUGAGGAUUGGGAGAUCACCUUCCACGCGUGAAGGAUGGACCACGCGGUGUACGAUGAAGCAGGCGAAAGCAAAGGUGUGCGCAAUGUACUGUAGAACUGAAAGAUACUGGAUUGCUCUCUGGCUGUAUUGCGUGGGUUCUGAAAUUGCUGUAUUGUGUGGUCUCUGAAUUUGGACCGCGGCC